AUGAUGAGAGGAAGGGCAGAGGAUGGCCGGCAGAGUAUUCUUAAGGCUCGUGGUAUCGAUGGAAACGAGAGUUAUUUCAGCCGCGAGUAUGAAGCGCUCAGAGGCCGUGUCGAUGCAACUGCUGAAAGUCUCUCUGCCUGGCAAUCCACCAAGUCAUUGCUAGGCACAUGCAUCAAUGAUCCACCGACCCGCAAGAUGCUCUUGUUCGUUAUGAUUGUCCAAACUUUCUUCAUUAUGAGUGGUGGAAACUCGAUCACGUACUAUGCGCCGACCAUUUUGGAGUCAAUCGGCCUCAAUUCCAACCAGGUUCUCUUAUUUUCCGCAGUCUAUGGUAUGAUCAAAGUCGCAAGUGUGUUAUUCUAUGCAUUCUACCUCACUGAUCGCUUUGGUCGGCAUCCACUGCUGAUCAUUGGCUCAUCGAUGAACACCGGGUGUCUACUCUACCUCGCCGUUUACCUGGGGGUCGCCGAUAUUUCUGGAUCCACCAGCCCGUCACCUGCAGCAUGGAUCGCGAUCGUCGCCAUCUGUAUCUUUGCCAUUGGCUAUGGAUUCGGCUGGGCACCCGUCUUUUCAUUGACAGCUUCUGAGAUCUGCCCGACCUCAACACGCGGAACGGUGGUGACUAUUGCCUUUAUUUAUCAGAAUUUGCUGAAUUUUGCCAUUACUCGUGGGUUCCCUAGCAUGACUGUGGACAUGCACGCCUGGGGUCCCUUUGCCCCGUUCACUGCUUUCGCGGGCUGUGCCACAGUGUGGGUCUUCUUUGCUUUCCCGGCAUGCAAGGGACGCAGCAUGGCGAGCGCAGGUGCCUUGUUCUCUUUGCCUUGGUACAAGAUUGGCUUUGUAAAGCCUCCAACUGCCGAGGGACAGGCUGCUGAGAGACAUGUGGACCUUGAGAAAGCAUCAUCUAGCGAGCAUGAGGAACAUGUUGUUGGAGAGGGUCAUAAAUAG